AUGCUUAUAUUUCCAACCGGUCUUACGGGGUUCACCCCAGCCAUUGAUAUCACCUCGAUCGAAUCGAUCGACUCUGACCCGGGACGUCCUGGUUUAUCUUCAGUGAGACUUGUAGGUCAGGGGUCUGAAUAUCAACGGCUACGUCGGACCUUCGCGGAUAUUGAUCUAAUUUCUGCGCUCCAAUUAGUCUCUGGGGUUGAUUCUCAGGGCACUCUGAAGAAGCUGUGUCAGGCUUUAAUGGCUGAAUUCAGAGACCGCGACUGGGCCUUGGAGCCCAGUCCUACCUGGCAAGACGAUAUAUCUCCUCCACCGCAACCCAGACCACGCGAAGAUAGCACCCUAUCCCAGCACAUAAGUCCUGAAGCCAGAGCAGAGCUAGCUCGCGUUGCUUCCAACUUUCCCAGGCGCCAUGGCUCCGCCGACUCGGGAGUCAGUGGGAUGGACAAUAGCAUGCAUCGCAGAGAUACACUAGAAGGCAUCGAGAUUGGAGAUCCGGUCCUUGAUCCAACGAGCGAGAAAUUCGACCAUUACAAGUGGGCACGGAUGAUGCUAAAGCUCAUGGAUAAAGAGGGGUUUCCCAGGCCGCCAUCGACGGGCGUGGUUUUUGAGAAUCUGAAUGUCUCUGGGUCUGGGUCUGCGUUGCAGUAUCAGAGUAAUGUGGGGUCGGUGCUAUUGGCACCAUUUAGGCCACAGGAGUAUCUGAGCUUCAUUCGAUCUGGGCCGGAGAAGCAGAUUUUGCGCAACUUCGAUGGUCUUCUGAGGAGUGGUGAGUUGCUUCUCGUGCUUGGACGACCUGGUAGCGGUUGCUCGACGUUGCUCAAGACGUUAUCUGGUGAAUUGCACGGAUUGAAGCUCCGGAAGAGCUCUGAGAUCCAGUACAAUGGGAUAUCGAUGGAGAAGAUGCACACUGAAUUCAAGGGCGAGGUUUUGUAUAACCAGGAAGUCGACAGGCAUUUUCCUCACUUGACUGUUGGGCAGACUCUAGAAUUUGCUGCUGCGGCGCGCACUCCUGAGCAUCGAUUGCGCGAUAUCAGUCGGAAGGAAUUCUCAAAGCACAUUACUCAGGUUGCGAUGGCGGUUUUUGGGUUGUCGCACACGUACAAUACCAAGGUGGGUGAUGAGUAUAUCAGAGGAGUGUCAGGAGGUGAAAGAAAGCGUGUUAGUAUCGCUGAGAUGGCGCUAUCCGGUGCCCCCCUUGGUACUUGGGACAACAGCACUCGAGGCCUCGAUUCUGCAAGUGCUCUCGAGUUUACAAAAGCCCUACGAGUCGCUGCCAACCUAGCGGGUACAGCCCAUGCUGUUGCCAUAUACCAAGCAUCGCAAGCAAUCUACGACAUCUUCGACAAAGUAACUGUCCUCUACCAAGGAAGACAGAUCUACUUCGGCCCCUGUGAUCAAGCAGUCAACUACUUCACCGAAAUGGGCUGGUACUGCCCGCCGCGCCAAACAGCAGGUGACUUCCUGACUGCUGUUACUAACCCCCAGGAACGCCAAGUUCGAGAGGGAAUGGAGGACUGUGUCCCACGUACCGCUGAUGACUUUGCAGAGUACUGGAAGAAGAGUCCUCAGUAUGAGGCGCUGAAACAAGAGAUUGCGGAGUAUCGUGAGCAAUUCCCGCCUGGUGGCCAACAGGAGGUUGAUUUUAGGGAGGUCAAGCGAUUUAGGCAGGCGAAGCAUGUGCGGCCGAAGAGUCCAUAUGUUAUUUCGACUCUGAUGCAGGUUAGGCUUUGUACGAUUCGGGCUUAUCAACGGAUUUGGAAUGACAAACCCUCGACGUUGACGACACUUAUUGGUCGGAUUGUUAUGUCUUUGAUUAUCGGUUCGAUAUACUACGGGACGCCAAAUGCUUCAGCUGGUUUUCAGAGUAAAGGAGCUGCUUUGUUCUUUGCUGUCUUGAUGAACGCCCUCAUUAGUAUCACCGAGAUCAACUCACUUUACGAUCAACGGCCGAUCAUCGAGAAACAGGCUUCCUAUGCCUUCGUGCAUCCUUUCGCUGAAGCAUUCGGUGGCAUAGUAUCCGACAUCCCUGUCAAGUUCUUCUCCGCGGUAGUGUUCAACAUAAUCUUCUACUUCCUGGCUGGAUUGGUGAGUGCGAUUUGGUAUAGUUCCAGAGAAGCCCGUUCUAACCAAAUUCAGCGAUACGAACCAUCACAAUUCUUCAUCUUCUUCCUGUUCACAUUCAUCAGCACGCUUGCAAUGUCAGGAAUAUUCCGAACUCUCGCUGCAUCAACCAAGACCCUCGCCCAAGCAAUGUCCAUGGCCGGUGUUAUAGUGCUGGCCAUUGUGAUAUACACAGGCUUUGUCAUCCCAGUUCCGGAAAUGAGUUCUGUCCCAUGGUUCAGCUGGAUUCGGUUUAUCAACCCCGUCUUCUAUACAUUCGAAGCAUUGGUUGCAAACGAAUUCCACGGUCGACAGUUUACAUGCUCGCAAUUCAUCCCCGCAUAUCCUAAUCUAAGCGGUAAUUCCUUUAUAUGCUCCAUCCGGGGCGCUGUUCCCGGACAAAGAACCGUGUCUGGUGAUGCCUACAUCGAGUCUCAGUACACAUACACAUACGCGCACGAAUGGAGAAACUUCGGAAUCUUAAUUGGAUUCUGGAUCUUCUUCAUGGCCACAUACUUGAUAGCCACGGAACUCAACUCCGCAACCACAUCCAAAGCUGAAUUCCUCGUCUUCCGCCGCGGCCAUGUCCCCCCUCACCUGCGAAACAUUGACAAACACCAAGGAGGAGAAAACCCCACAGAAACACCCGAAACCCACAAAGAGGAUAAACCGGAAGAAACAACGGACGUGAUCCCGACGCAGCGCAGCAUCUUUACCUGGCGGAAUGUCUGCUACGAUAUUCCCGUCAAGGGUGGUGAACGCCGGCUUCUGGAUAAUGUCUCUGGUUGGGUGAAGCCUGGUACGCUUACGGCUUUGAUGGGUGUUUCAGGUGCUGGGAAGACUACUUUGCUUGAUGUCUUGGCUAAGAGGGUGUCGAUUGGUGUUGUUACUGGUGAUAUGCUUGUGGAUGGAAAGCCACUUGAUAAUAGCUUUCAGAGGAAGACGGGGUAUGUUCAGCAGCAGGAUCUUCAUCUUUCAACGACAACUGUGAGGGAAGCGCUGCGCUUCAGCGCACUUCUACGCCAGCCCAAGACGGUAUCUAAAAGCGAGAAGUACAAAUACGUCGAAGAGGUAAUCGAGAUGCUGAGCAUGCAGGAAUUCGCCGAUGCGAUUGUUGGGAGUCCGGGUGAGGGUUUGAACGUCGAACAGCGGAAACUUUUAACUAUUGGAGUUGAGCUUGCCGCGAAGCCUGCGCUAUUGAUCUUCCUUGAUGAGCCUACUAGUGGUCUGGAUUCCCAGAGUUCGUGGGCUAUUUGUGCCUUCUUGCGGAAACUUGCGGAUCAUGGACAGGCUGUUCUCUCUACGAUUCACCAGCCUAGUGCGUUGUUGUUUCAGGAAUUUGACCGGUUGCUUUUCCUAGCCAGGGGGGGAAGGACGGUGUAUUUUGGUGAUAUCGGGAGGGAUUCAAGGACAUUGCUUGAUUACUUUGAGAAUAAUGGUGCAAGAGCGUGUGGAUCAUCUGAGAACCCCGCCGAAUACAUCCUCGAAAUAAUCGGAGCUGGCGCGUCCGGAAAAUCCAACCAGGACUGGCCAUCAGUCUGGAACGAGAGCCAACAAGCGAAAGAAGUUCAAGAUGAACUUGACAAGAUCCAGCAAGAGAGGGCUUCAGCAUUCGACGAAGACGGUGCCGAUGAACAUGCAGAAUAUGCUAUGCCCUUCGUUUACCAGUUGUGGCAUGUCACGCGUCGUGUGUUCCAGCAGUACUGGCGGGAGCCGUCCUAUGUUUGGGCUAAGAUUAUUCUUGCUACGGCAUCGUCGCUGUUUAUUGGGUUUACAUUUUUCAAGCCCGAUAGCUCGCUUAUAGGGUUUCAGUCUGUUCUGUUUAGCGCUUUCAUGCUUACGUCUAUCUUUUCGACUUUGGUCCAACAAAUCAUGCCUAAAUUUGUCGUCCAACGCUCCCUCUACGAAGUCCGCGAACGACCCUCAAAAGCCUACUCUUGGGCCGCCUUCCUGAUCGCCAACGUCCUCGUUGAAAUCCCCUACCAAGUCCUCGCCGGAAUCAUCGCCUGGGCAUGCUACUACUACCCGAUCUACGGCGCAAGCCAAGAGAGUCAUCGACAGGGCCUCAUGCUCCUCUUCGUCGUGCAAUUCUACAUGUUUACUUCAACGUUCGCUUCGCUUGUUAUUGCCGCUCUGCCAGAUGCUGAGACGGGUGGUACUAUCGCUACGCUAAUGUUCAUGUUGACGUUGGUGUUUAAUGGGGUUAUGCAGCCGCCGGAUGCGUUACCUGGUUUCUGGAUUUUCAUGUAUCGCGUUUCGCCGCUGACUUAUUUGAUUGCCGGUCUUACGGCUACGGGACUACAUAAGCGGUCUAUUGAAUGCGCAAGUGAGGAGUUAAGCGUGUUCAAUCCCCCAUCAGGUAUGACAUGCUUCGACUACCUGGAAACAUAUCUUCAGUACAGCCCCGGCCAGCUGUACAACCCAAACGCCACGCAGAACUGCCAGUUCUGCCAGUUACAGAACGCGGACCAAUACCUCGCCGGUAGCAAUAUCUCGUACGGCGACCGCUGGCGUAACUGGGGCAUAGGCUGGGCAUAUAUCGGAUUCAACAUCUUCGGGACUGUAGUGCUGUACUAUAUGUUCCGGGUGAAGCAUUACAAUCCGACGACAUUGGUUAGGUGGGUUGUGGACGGGGCUAAGGUUGUCUGUAGGGUGUUUAAGAGGAGGUCUGGGAUUACGCCGAAGGGGAGGGAGGCGGAUAAUGGGCGGUUGUAUUAG